AUGUCUAUCAAUAUCAAUCGCGCCAAUAACGAUCCAUACUAUCGGUAUAAAAUGCCUCGCAUCAUAGCUAAGGUUGAAGGCAAAGGCAAUGGAAUUAAAACUGUCAUAGUUAAUAUGACUGAAAUUGCUAAAUCAUUGCAAAGGCCUCCAUCAUAUCCCACGAAGUAUUUUGGUUGUGAACUUGGAGCUCAAACUCAAUUAGAUAGUAAAAAUGAUCGCUAUAUCGUCAAUGGAUCUCACGAUGGGUCGAAAUUGCAGGAAAUACUAGACGGCUUUAUUAAGAAGUUUGUUCUAUGUCCAGAAUGUGAAAAUCCUGAAACUGAUUUGUCAGUCGAUUCAAGAAAGGAGAAGAUCAAGACAUCUUGUCUUGCAUGUGGCUAUCAUGGCCUGAUCGAUCUACGACAUAAACUGUCUACUUUUAUAUUAAAGUACCCGCCAAAUUCGGAAUCUACCAAAAAAGGGAAAGGGAAAAAGGGGCGCAAUGAGAAGAAGGCUGCUAGUAAGACUUCAGCAGGAACCACUUCGAUUGAUAAUGCACCUGUCAAUGUCUCGAUUAAUACGUCUGUUAAUGGGCAUUCAGACCGUGAUGACUGGAGUGCUGAUACAUCUGAGGCUGCAGUUAAGGAAAGGAUGGAAAAUUUAUCAGCCGCUGCCAAGGGCCUGACUUUAAGCGACGAUUUAGAGCGAUCAGAGAAGGAGCGAUUAGACAUUUUUUAUACAUAUGCUGAGAAAUUGAAGAAAGAGAAUAAGAUUAUUGGAAAAGAAAAUAACAUAUUCGCAGAAGCUGAAAGAUUAGAUGUUCCUGAAAAGGCUACUUUAAUCCUCUGCGAACUCUUAUUUAACGCCGAUUUUAUAUCUCAAAUAAAGCUCUAUCGGCAGCUAUUCGUACGGUUUGUUGGUGAUCGCAAGUACGCUAAGAAAUGUCAAAGAUACUUAAUGAACGGCUUCGAAAUAUUGGUUGGAAAGUCUUACCCUCAAGAGCUCAUGUCUAAGGUGACUCAAAUUUUGCAUACGUUGUACGAUCAAGACUAUGUAGAAGAGGAAAGCUUAUUGCAUUGGUACACCAAGCUUUCAAAGAAAUACAUAAGCAAAGAGGUUGGUGCUGAAAUACGUCAAAAAGCGGAACCUUUCAUUAAGUGGUUAAAGGAAGCAGAAGAAGAAUCUGCAGAGGAAGAGGACGAUAUUGUUUAUAGCAAUGAGGUACCGGAAGAGAAGAAAGUAGAGGAAGACGACAAUGAUAUUGAUAUCGACAAUAUUUAA